UGUCAACAAAGGUACCACCCAAGGAAGUGUCAGCGGGCCGCACUUGUUCAAUGUCUUUCUCAGUGAUUUAGAGAUACACUUGGACAAUAAGAGCGUGCUGGUAAAAUAUGCAGAUGAUACAACCAUUAUCUCGCCUGUGAUAGGUGAUAAUGACAAUUCUAUCGCACUGAUUAAUCAGUUUUCCCAGUGGUCUAGAAGUAAUGGUAUGUGUAGCAAUCCAUCUAAGUGCAAGGAAAUCAUUUUCCGCAAGAAAGGUUGUACAAUAGAGUUUCCGAUGGUGUCUGGAAUACCACAGACAAAAGAGCUUACUAUUUUAGGGGUAACAUUUCAGGAAGACAGUAGGUUCAUAACACAUAUUCGGGAAAAACUAAUCAAAGCAAACAAGUGCCUGUUCAUUUUAAGAUCUUUAAGGAAAGAAGGGUACAAUCAGGCCGAAAUAGACCAUCUGUUUCUAAAUCUGGUUCUACCAAAUAUAUUAUACGGGCUGUCCGUAUUUGGCGCUGUAAAUUCCGAAUUAACAACAAUCCAAUGUUUCUUAGAUCGAUGUUAUAAGCGCAAGUAUACAUCCGACCACAUUAAUGUUUAUGAAUUGUUAGUUCAACAGGACACACGUAUCUUCAAGAAUGUUUUUAAUAACACAAUACACCCUUUAAGAGCUAUAAUGCCAAAAAAGAAAUCAACCAAGUACAAUCUGAGGAAAGAGACAAGUCACCAUCCUAAAAUAAACACUGAUAGGUUCAAAAACACGUUUGUUAAUCGCUUAAUUUUUAAACAUAAUCUAGUCUUAUAA